AGCUAAGCACGUUAUUGUGUUGUGCGGGGACACAAAGGGAGGAGGCACACAACGAAGCUUCCUCUCUCUCUCUUACAGGCCGGUGUUACCCCUAGCAACCCAUACAGCGCAGCCGCUGACGUCAUCAGGACGCGCCUCCCCCUUUCCCGCAAACGAGACAGGAAAGAGACGGAGCGCCGUCUCAGCUUUCUUUCCUGAAGAGGAAAAACCUAAGGAUCAGCUCGAUUUUCUAUUUUGUACAUACAUUGUUUUGUAUAUACUGUAUAUGAUGACUUCGGUGGGAAAUGAACGUACCCGGGGCACUCGGGAAAAAUCACAGAUUUCAACUCCACAGACACAACCACAGAAACAGGUACAGGCAACAGCUGAACAGAUCCGCCUCGCACAGAUGAUUUACGACAAAAAUGAUGCAGACUUUGAGGAUAAAGUAAAACAACUAAUGGAAGUGACAGGAAAGAACCAAGAUGAGUGCAUAGUGGCGCUUCAUGACUGCAACGGAGAUGUAAACAGGGCCAUUAACAUACUUCUGGAAGGAAACUCUGACACGACCUCAUGGGAGACUGUUGGGGGCAAAAAGAAGAGCAUUGGGAAAGAGAGCUCAGAAAACCAAGAAAACCGUGAGAAGAGGGGAGACAGAGAAACUAGCCACGGUCGUGGAACAUCCAGCAGACGUGGCAGAGGAGGAAGCCGUGGUAGAGAGUUUAGAGCAGAAGAAAAUGGAGUUGACAGUGGCCCUGGGGAUAGACCUGCUGACCGUGGGAGACGUGGACGUGGAAGAGGAUUUGGAGGGCGUGGACGAGGUAGGGGAGCAGGAAGGUUUUCAGCACAGGGCAUGGGGACCUUUAAUCCUGCAGACUACACAGAACCCAGCAGUAAUGAUGGCUUUGGUGUUAAACCAGAUGUGUGGGAGACCGGUCAGACCGAUGGAGAGGAGGGCACUGGAGCAUGGAGAAAUUCUAUCGAAGAAUGGACAGCAGAAGACUGGAAUGAAGAUCUUUCUGAAACCAAGGUCUUCACUGCAUCUUCUGUUCCCACAGAAAACCACAUUACACCUGGGCAAAGCAUCGACUUGGUUGCGCUUCUCCAGAAACCGCAGCAAAACGAGGCAGGUUCUGUAGGGUUCGAGUCUUCUCAGCAGCAGAACUUUGGUCAGGCGCUGGUGUUCACAAACUCUCAGCACAGCACUCAAAUCACAUCUGCAGCCAGUAGUUCCAGUGCCAUCAACAGCUUUACUCCACCUAGUCUGUCCUCUGUCCUUGGAUCCGGGUUUGGUGAGAUUGGGUCUUCAAAACUGACAAAUUCUGCUGGGUCCCAGAUACUGGAACAGCUGAAGAACCCUGGUCUUGGGCAAUUCACAACCCAAAGCACUCAACAAAGUAGCAGUACCACAACCCCCUCAUGGGACACAAAGCCUGUGCCACAGCCAUCGGUCCUGGCUCAGUUUGAUUUCAAAUCCCAGCCGGAGCCCUCACCCGUUUUGAGUCAGCUCGCACAGCGGCAGCAGCAUCAAAUACAGCCUGUCACUGCACCCCCUCCUGGCCUGGAGAGCUUCUCACAGGUUAAACUGCGGGAGACCUCUCCAGUGGACAGCUCUGUCAAUGUCAGCAAAAUGAUUCAGCUGCCCAACCUGUCCCUGGACUCCCAGGCAAUGUCUGUACAACAGACCCAGCAGCAGAAACACAUAAAACCCCAGAAACGGAGGAUACCACCCACUUCAAAGGUCAGCAUCCUGAAGAGCAGUCCUUUUUAUUCUGCAAGCUACAAUUCAUUGAUUCCCUCGUCUGCAGUAGAGAUGCCAGGAUCAGCCGACGUCACAGGAUUAAAUGUUCAAUUUGGAGCCCUGGAGUUUGGGUCGGAACCUUCUUUGCCUGAGUUUGGCUCUAACACAAGUCCUGAUAAUGCAAGUCAGACACAGAACAACUUGUAUACAAAGAGCAUAAGUGACUCACUGAAUACCUCUCUGCCAAUAUCAAGUACUGUGCCGGAGCCAAGCUAUACCUCGCCAGUAAUCACCACUUCCAGCCACAGCAUCUCCACGCAGAGCACCAGUCCAGUCACCAUUUCCUCUUCCUCCUCCUCCUCCUCUUACGACCAGACGUCUGUGCACAACAGAAUAGGAUACCAAAGCUCCAUGUCAGCCUCUGAGGUGGUACCUGUCAAUAAUGGACAUAAUGGAAUUCGGGCACAAGUGUCACUGAACACCACGUCCUCCGUACCAUCCGUGAAGUCUGAGAAUCCGCAGAACCUAUCUUCUGUAGGAUCUCUGUCCAGUCCGGCCUCCACUGCCGCCUCCCUCCUUCCAGCAGUGUCUCAGCAGCACACGUCCGCUGUGUCACUCUCCAGCUUGCCGCAGCCUAGCGACCUUUCAAGCAGCUCUCUGUCCCAACUCAACAGCACUUUGUCUGGGCACCAAAACAGCCUUCCUGCAGCGUCUGUAUUGUCAUCAACAGUUUCCCAUGCGCAUACAAGUGUGGAAAACACAGUAUCCCUUCAGCCCAGCACAACCUUCUCAACCGCCCCCACAUCAGCAACAAGCACCACCUCUUCUGUCGUCAGCCUGGCCAGCAGUAUGAACACUACAAACAGCUUGGGCCUAAGCGUUCCCAGUGUUAGUGUGCCGGCAGCUGCUGCAACCGCCCGAACUGCUCCACUGGUCUCUUCAGGAAAAGCUCCCCCCAACCUGCCACAGGGUGUCCCUCCUUUGUUACACAAUCAGUAUAUAGUUGGACCUGGAGGUCUCUUGCCUGCGUACCCACAGAUCUAUGGAUAUGAUGAUCUCCAAAUGCUUCAAUCCAGGUUGCCAAUGGAUUACUAUGGAAUCACAUUCCCUGCCCCAGCAACGCUUACUGGUAGAGAUGGAGGACUUGCAAGUAACCCAUACUCAGGUGAUGUAGCAAAGUUUGGCCGUGGGGACUCAGCUUCUCCAGCGCCCGCCACGACGUUAGCCCAACCUCAGCAGAAUCAGACGCAAACACACCAUACGGCUCAGCAGCCAUUCCUGAACCCCACGCUCCCACCUGGCUACAGCUACACCGGAUUACCUUAUUAUGCUGGAGUUCCAGGAGUGCCAAGUGCGUUCCAGUAUGGCCCCACUAUGUUUGUACCUCCUGCAUCAGCCAAGCAACAUGGGGUUAAUCUAAACACAGCGUCCACGCCUUUUCAACAGGCCGGAGGUUACGGUCAACACAGCUACAGUGCAGUCCAUUUUUCUGCAGGUUAUGAUGACCUGGCCCAGGGAACGACAGCUGGAGAUUAUAGCAAAGGUGGUUACAGCGGGUCUGCGCAAGCACAAAGCAAGUCUGCAGGUGCUGGACCAGGCAAAGGUGUGUCUGUGAGCUCUAGUAACACCGGAGUUCCCGACAUCAGCGGCUCAGUCUAUAACAAGACCCAGCAGACAUUUGACAAGCAGGGAUUCCAUGCAGCUACGCCACCGCCCUUCAGCCUCCCUUCUGCUCUUGGAUCGACUGGGCCCUUAAACCCUGGGGCAGCUGCAGGUUAUGCGCCAGCUCCUUUCCUGCAUAUUCUACCUGCUCAUCAACAGCCUCACUCUCAGCUUCUACAUCACCAUCUCCAGCAGGAUGGACAGGGUGGAACUGGCCAACGCAGCCAACCAAACUCCAUGCAGCAGAAGACUCAGGCAAACAAGACGGCCUACACCAGUUCCCCAUACUGGACAAACUGACACGUUUCACAGCAGCCCCAUAGGAGGAGUAUGCUACUGCGCAUUCCUGGACCCCACUAUUAAUUUGAAUACUAUACAGAAAAGACAACUGUGAUCAGCCAAAAUACCUGUGCGGGAGCGGUCUGCGAACACGUCCGUAGUGCGACACUUACCCGCUUUAUUUUUGGUUUGCUGGUGUAUGUAAUAUAUUUAUGUAUGUAUUUGUAAAUGUAAUAGAGCCUAAAUGUGGUUUUCUGCAUUUUGCAGUCCUUUUUUUUUUUUUCUUUUUUUCCUAUCUAGGGGGCAUUCGACUUAACAUCUGCAUCUGUGCAAAAAUAUAUAAUAUAAUAUAUAUAUAUUUUUUUUUGUUUUAAACUCAUUGGUUUGUAAGAAAAGUGCCAUUUUAAAAGGAAAAAAAAACUGAAGCCCCACCUAUUUAAGUCUGAUAAAUGUUCAAAGGAAAAAGAUGAAUUGCUAAGUUUCUGCCUCAUAUUUUCGUUUCAGCCCCUCCCCCCACUUGAGUUUUUAUUAUUCAUCUCUCAUCGACUAAACAGAUUCAUUUGGAACCAUAAUGUUUAUAUUAAAGAAUGGUGGACUCCAUACAGUUCUGUUCGUCAUCACUAUCAUGACACCAAAUUAUUUUUUAUUUUAAUAAAACCUAAGCAUCAUCCGCAGUUCCUCUGUACGUUUAAUGUUGGUGCCGAUCUCUGCAUGAACUUUGCACUUUGUCUGUUUAUAUAAGAGGCGAUGUCUGCUGUUUCCCUGCUGCGUUUUUAGUUCAUUAUUGUCUCGCCACCGUCCCUCCAUUAGGGCCUUUAUUAGCCAUCGCAUCGUCUUGUUCUGAUUAGUUCUUUUUUUUUCUUAAUACCCAGACUGUAAAAUAUCCAGAGUACACAAUAACGCAAAAGUAGUAGGAGGAUCCCAGAGAGUGGAAAGAAAAACAAAAACAUUUGUAUAAGUACUAAAACUUUCUUCUGUCACAACAGAACCAGAGUUUAAUGUCUAGAGGACUUAUUAGAAUUUUCGACUGUAUAUCAGUUUCUUAAAUAAAGUCUAUGCUGUGUCUUACA